UGCCUCAACAUGUGUGGCGGAUAAAUUUGGAUACUCCGGAGGAAGCUCAUCAAAACCUCUCUUUCGGCGCUGCGGAUCGCUGGUGGGAGCAAACGGAUCUGACCAAGCUGAUACUGGCCUCGAACAAACUGCAGGCUCUGUCAGAGGAUGUCACACUCCUGCCUGCGCUCACUGUCCUGGAUGUGCAUGACAAUCAACUGACAUAUCUUCCUUCUGCUUUAGGACAAUUAGAAAAUCUUCAGAAACUUGAUGUGAGCCACAACAAACUGCGAAGUAUCCCAGAAGAGCUGAUACAGUUAACACAUUUGAAGAGCCUGCUCCUUCAUCACAACGAGCUGAGUCACUUGCCGAAUGGAUUUGGACAGCUUGUCAACUUAGAAGAAUUAGAUCUGUCCAACAACCGGCUCACAGACAUCCCAACGAGUUUUGCCUUGCUCGUUAACUUAGUGCGACUCAAUUUGGCUUCUAAUCAGCUCAAGGACCUGCCUGCAGAGAUCAGUGCCAUGAAAAGCUUAAGACAGCUGGAUUGUAAUAAAAACUACCUGGAAACGGUACCUUCUAAAUUAGCAACCAUGGCAUCUUUGGAGCAACUUUAUCUGAGAAAAAAUAAAUUGCAUUCCUUACCAGAAUUUCCCUCGUGCAAAUUACUGAAGGAAUUGCACGCUGGUGAAAAUCAGAUCGAAAUACUAAAUGCUGAGAAUCUGAAGCAUCUGAAUUCCCUCUCUGUGUUGGAACUUAGAGACAACAAGAUCAAAUCGGUUCCGGAUGAAAUUGCCCUGCUUCAGAAGCUGGAGCGACUCGACCUCGCCAACAAUGAUAUCAGUAGGUUGCCUUACACAUUGGGGAACCUUCCACAGCUGAAGUUCCUGGCAUUGGAGGGAAAUCCUUUGAGGACCAUUCGAAGAGACCUUCUGCAAAAAGGCACCCAGGAACUUCUGAAAUACCUGAGAAGCAGAAUCCAAGAUGAAGUACGGAACCCGAACGAAGAGCCUCCCGUGACAGCCAUGACCCUUCCAAGCGAAUCAAGGAUUAACAUGCACGCCAUAACUUCCCUGAAAUUACUGGAAUACAGUGAGAAGCAGGCGGCUGCGAUUCCUGACGAGAUGUUUGAUGCUGUCAGGAGCCAUCCUGUCGCCACUGUCAACUUCAGCAAAAACCAGCUGAGCGCAGUUCCCCCGAGGAUUGUGGAGCUAAAAGACGCGGUUUGUGAUGUCAGCCUUGCCUUCAAUAAAAUCUCGUCCAUCUCCUUGGAGCUCUGCAUGCUCCAUAAAUUGACACAUUUGGAUAUCAGAAAUAAUUUUUUGACGUCUCUGCCUGAGGAAAUGGAGGCACUGAAAAGACUGCAGAUAAUAAAUCUGUCUUUUAAUAGAUUUAAAGCAUUUCCCAGCGUCCUUUAUCGCAUCCUCACGCUGGAGACCAUCCUGCUCGGCAACAACCAGGUGGGGACCAUCGACCCUCUGCACCUGAGGAGGAUGGACAAACUCGGAACGCUGGACCUGCAGAACAACGACCUCCUCCAUGUGCCACCGGAACUCGGCAACUGUGAAACUCUGAG